GUGUUGACAGCGGAGGCUGUGGCGGAGCCCGGCGGGCGGCGGGAGUAGGCGCCUCCGGUUCCUGCCUGUGGUCCCGAGGCGUCGACGGCUGGGCGUCCCGGGAUGGCCUUCAUGGAAAAGCCGCCAGCCAGCAAGGUGCUGCUGGACGACACAGUGCCGCUGACAGCAGCCAUCGAGGCGAGCCAGAGCUUACAGUCCCACACGGAAUACAUCAUUCGAGUGCAGAGAGGAAUUUCUGUAGAAAACAGCUGGCAGAUUGUUAGAAGAUACAGUGACUUUGAUUUGCUGAACAACACCUUACAGAUUUCAGGCCUAAGUCUACCUCUUCCUCCCAAAAAAUUGAUUGGUAACAUGGAUCGUGAAUUCAUAGCUGAGAGGCAGAAAGGUCUUCAGAACUAUCUCAACGUUAUCACCACAAAUCAUAUCUUGUCUAAUUGUGAGCUGGUUAAGAAGUUUUUAGAUCCAAACAACUAUGCUGCAAACUAUACUGAGAUCGCCUUACAACAGGUUUCCAUGUUCUUCCGGUCAGAACCAAAGUGGGAGGUGGUAGAACCAUUGAAAGACAUAGGUUGGAGGAUAAGAAAAAAGUAUUUCUUGAUGAAGAUUAAAAAUCAGCCAAAGGAAUGGCUAGUGUUAAGCUGGGCUGACCUUGGCCCAGACAAGUACCUGUCAGAUAAAGAUUUUCAGUGUUUAAUCAAGCUACUUCCUUCCUGUCUGCACCCUUAUAUCUAUCGUGUUACCUUUGCCACGGCUAAUGAAUCCUCAGCAUUGUUAAUUAGGAUGUUUAAUGAAAAAGGAACUUUGAAGGACCUGAUCUACAAGGCAAAACCAAAAGACCCAUUCCUAAAGAAGUACUGCAACCCUAAGAAAAUUCAGGGCCUUGAACUCCAGCAAAUAAAAAUGUAUGGGCGGCAAAUAUUAGAGGUACUAAAGUUUCUACAUGACAAGGGAUUCCCUUAUGGACAUCUUCAUGCCUCCAAUAUUAUGCUAGAUGGUGACACUUGCCGGUUGCUAGACCUUGAGAAUUCCUUAUUGGGCCUUCCUUCCUUCUACCGAUCCUACUUCUCACAAUUCAGGAAAAUCAAUACAUUGGAAAGUGUGGAUGUUCACUGCUUUGGCCACUUACUGUAUGAAAUGACCUAUGGACGACCACCAGACUCAAUUCCUGUAGAUUCCUUCCCUCCUGCACCAUCCAUGGCUGUGGUGGCCGUGUUGGAGUCCACGCUGUCUUGUGAAGCCUGUAAAAAUGGCAUGCCUACCGUCUCCCGGCUCUUACAGAUGCCAUUAUUCAGUGAUGUUUUACUAACCACUUCUGAAAAGCCCCAGUUCAAGAUUCCUACAAAGUUAAAAGAGGCAUUGAGAAUUGCCAAAGAAUGUAUAGAAAAGAGACUAAUUGAAGAACAGAAGCAGAUUCACCAGCAUCGAAGACUGACAAGAGCGCAGUCACACCAUGGCUCUGAGGAGGAAAGGAAAAAGAGAAAGAUCUUAGCUCGAAAGAAGUCAAAACGAUCUGCUGUUGAGAACUGUGAAGAACAUUCAGCGAAAUACAGCAAUUCCAAUAAUUCAGCAGGCUCUGGGGCCAGCUCGCCUCUCACGUCCCCAUCAUCGCCGACUCCACCCUCUACAGCAGUAGAGCAUGCACCAUUUUGAACGUGAAUUUUCGGCAUAUCAGCAUUCCCUCCACCUCCUCCACCUCCGCCUCCACCUCCACCACCAGCAGCUCCCUUGCCUCCAGCCAGCACUGAGGCACCUGCACAGCUCCUGCCCCAGGCUGUGAAUGGUGUGAGCCGCGGGGCCUUGCUCAGCUCCAUCCAGAAUUUCCAGAAAGGAACUUUGAGGAAAGCCGAAACCUGUGACCACAGUGCUCCUAAAGUCGGCUGAAGCUUCCUGUUUACAUGUGGAGGGAAAAGCUCUUUUUUUCCCUCCUACCCCAACCCCUCAAGUACCCUCCUCCUGGAUAAAUCAUUGCUGAGCCAGUACAGCCACAUACUGUUUUGCAGGUACUCAUGUAAGCAGCUUUUCAAGAGGGAAAUACUCUUCAAUUUAAAAAGGCAGGCAGGCAUUGCUGCCUUAAGAUAAAUAUUUUGCUCCUUUUGUUAACAUUUUAAAGGAGUCUUACUCAUUCUCUAAGGGCAUCUUUUUUUGGGCAGCAGCAUGUUGGAAUCAGUAUUUCUACCAACUGAAGGAAUUGGACAAACAAAGAAGGACAACAUUCAGUCACAGCAGUGAAUGGCCUUUGUGUUGCAGUCCCACCUACCCCAUCAGGGAGCUCCUAGAAACGUUGCUCUCGUAGUACAUUUCCUUAUUCUGAAGCAUCUUUUGGUUAUUGCAUAGAUAACUCCCAUUUUUGUUACUUUGAUUUCAUCUUAGACAUUAACACUAUAGCCUGUAACAGUUAUGUUGCUGAGGUCAGAAAAGUCACUAGAGUUCUUCAUUUUCCCCUCAGAUAGAACAGGGAAAGCUCAUAACAUUCUAACAGGAACACCAUCAUGGUUAGAGAACUCAGGGCUGCUGUUGAAACUACUCUAGAUCUUUUAGUUAGAACGUACUAACACAAAAUAUGUUACUAUCAGAAAAAGCUCUCACCGAUUAGAGGAUCUUCUCAAUCCUCAGCAGUUACAUUUGGGGUUUGGCAGGGGAGAUCAUUAUUACAACACAAGUAAAUUUGGCAUCUAUAGAAAUCAAUCCUGGUUUUCAAAAGAUUUAUCCAAAUAUGUCAUCGUUUUAAUGUUACUCAUUUAUUGGAAAGAUUCUUUACCCUAUGAUUUGCUUAAACCUUAAAUAAAUUGCACUUUAAAGGAUUAUAAACAAUCCAUUUUAAACUUCAAGUACCCACAUCAGUGUUGGUUACUAUGCAGAGAAUGUCAUUGUGUAUAGUUUCAUGUAAUCUAUGUUCAGCUGUAUUUUUUAUUAAAAUAAACCAUGUCAAGACAAUGUGUUAUCUGUAGCUUGCCUCGAUAUUUCAGAUGAGAACUUUUUGAUAGCACCUUUUGUAAACAUAUACAUCCACACAGUAUUUCUUGUUUAUUUCCCACCUA